AGGCUGCGCAUCCGAGCGGGCAGUAAUUGGACAGCGGAGCUCCACAGCAGAUGAGGGCAUUUCAUGUCCAGCCUGCCCAGGAAUCACUGUGACCCCGACGGAAAGGAGUUCGACUUCACAGGAUGGGGGGAGUAAGUGAGGGAGAUGAUGUGUUGGCUCGAUGGAGUGAUGGACUACUGUACCUCGGCAAUGUGAAAAGAGUAGAUGGAGUCAAGCAGUGUUGUCUGGUGAGAUUUGAGGACAACUCAGAGUUCUGGGUCCUAAGAAAGGACAUUCACUCAUUCGCUGCUGGAGUGGAAGAACUUUGCUGUAUUUGUGACGCUCCGCCUCUUAAAGAACCCCUCAUAAAUUGUCUUAAAUGUCGCCACGGUUAUCAUCCAGAGUGCCACACGCCAACCAUCGAACCGGAAGCUGACAGCGAUUCGUGGAUAUGUCGGCAAUGUGUCUUUGCAGUCGCAACCAAGAGAGGCGGGGCACUCAAACGAGGACGUUUUGCCCGGCUCAUGCAGUUUAUGAAACUCCGGCUCCCCUAUCAGCUGUCUUCUUUAGACUGGGACCCGCAGCACCUGACCAAUCAGCAACAGUGUUACUGCUACUGUGCCGGACCUGGAGAAUGGAACCUGAAGAUGUUACAGUGUGGAAGUUGUGGCCAGUGGUUCCACGAGGCCUGCACGCAGUGUCUAACCAAGCCAUUACUGUACGGGGACAGGUUUUAUCAAUUCCAGUGCUCUGUAUGUUCAAAAGGACCAGAGACCAUCCAAAGACUACCCAUGACCUGGGUGGAUUUGGCUCAUUUAGUGCUCUACCAUCUCUCCCUGUGCUGCAAGAGGAAAUACUUUGAUUUUGACCAUGAAAUCCUGUCUUUCACCAAUGAGAAUUGGGACUCGUUGCUCCUAGGCGCGCUCUCUGACACGCCAAGGCAAGACCGCUGUCACAAUCUCCUCAACGCUCUGAACUCCCACAAGGACAGGUUUGUCUCUGGAAAAGAGAUCAAGAAGAAGAAGUGUCUUUUUGGGCUUCAGGUCCGAGCCCCUCCACCGCUGACGUCCGAUUCUUCGCCCCUCAUCACGGACCCACCUACCAACAUCACGCACCGGAGAAGCCCGCUGUCACUACCCUGCCAGAGGAGAGUGGGGGGGCCAGAGCCACGUAAAUCAAAGCGUCGUAUCAUUGAGACACAGGCUUGUCCACCCCCAGUGUCUGCCAACCCCAUUGAGUUACUGCCAUGUUGCCAUGGCUACAUGGGAGGGGCCAGCCUUUACACCUCCAGGAAGUCAGAGGAGGAGCUUAACUUGAGCUCUCCCCCUAAGCGGAUGUAUGCCCUCUAUCACACCACUUACAACGGAAACACUGCGCUCUCCAGGAGUCUCCAUCACUACAACAGUGUGGAGGACACCUGCAGGGUACCACCACCCUGCUUCCAGUACCCUCUAAACGCCAACGGCAGCCAUCACCACCACCACCUCCACCAGCAUCACCACAGCCACCAACACAACCACAACCACCAAAACCACCAUAACCACCAAAACCACCACAACCAUCAAAACCACCACAACCAUCAAAACCAACACCAGCCGGGGCAGAAGCAGCUGGAGCCCCUCCUACCUUACCAGGUCGGCAUGGGCGGAGGGGGUGGCAUAGGUGGAGGAGGAGGAGGAGGAGGAGGUGGAGGUGGAGUCGGAGGGGGAGACGGGACAGUGGCCAGGAGCUGGGGAGGAGGGGAAGCGGUGAGAAUCUUGGCGAGACGCGUCACGCCAGACGGGAAGGUGCAGUACCUUGUGGAGUGGGAGAACGUGAGUUUGUACUGAGACAAGAGAAAGUUAACGAGACGCAAUGACUGUUUUUGCAGUUGCCACAAGAAUACUGUGUAUGUAAUAUGUGGCAGUGUUUAAAGUACAAACAAAACAAAAAGAGGAAAAAAAAAAUCCCUACAUGUUGCAAAUCCAGGUUGCUCUCAUAGUAUCACCUC